CACAUGAUUGGGAGGGGAUUGGAACACCUGAAUCACAUGAUAUGGAGGGGAUUGGAACACCUGAAUCAUAUGAUUGGGAGGGGAUUGGAACACCUGAAUCAUAUGAUUGGGAGGGGAUUGGAACACCUGAAUCAUGUGAUAUGGAGGGGAUUGGAACACCUGAAUCACAUGUUAUGGAGGGGAUUGGAGCACCUGAAUCACAUGAUAUGGAGGGGAUUGGAACACUGAGUCACAUGAUUGGGAGGGGAUUGGAACACCUGAAUCACAUGAUAUGGAGGGGAUUGGAACACCUGAAUCAUAUGAUUGGGAGGGGAUUGGAACACCUGAAUCACGUGAUAUGGGGGGGAUUGGAACACCUGAAUCACAUGAUAUGGAGGGGAUUGGAACACCUGAAUCACAUGAUAUGG